AUGGCCAUUCUCUCCAUGGGGGCUGUGAUGAUGUCCCAGAUGUGGAUGCUGAGAUGGGUCGUCCUACUGAUGGGGCUCCAGCAGACACAAGCAGGUGCACAGUACGGCACAGUGACAGUGCUCCCUGACGUGACAAAUCUGAUCGUAACUACUGUUAAACCGAAUCCUGACAAUGGGUCUCCAACCUGCAGCACAUGGGGAAAUUCCCACCUCAAGACCUUUGAUGGUCAUUUCUUUCAAGUGCCAGACACAUGCAACUACAUUUUGGCCAGUUUGUGCAACGAAGAGGAACAUUCUGAUUUUAACAUUAAAAUGCAAAGAGAGAUUGUAAAUAACUCAGUCACUUUCAGCAAAAUCACAGUAGAUCUUCAGGGGACAGUCGUUGAACUCAUAUCCAACAAGAUCUUCAUGGACGGAAAAGAGUUGUUUCAUUCAACACUUAAGAAUGGAAUUACAGUCAAAAUGAGUACAUCAGGUGUUAAGAUCACUAACAAUCAUGGGGUGAAUGUCUUUUGGGAGAAGGACCAAUCUUUAUUGAUUGAACUUCCUGAAAAGUACCGAGGCCAGACCUGUGGACUUUGUGGAAACUUCAAUGGCAACAAGACUGAUGAUUCAUUUGACAACGAUUUGGCCAAAUGGAAAGUGCCUCUAUUGGGAUCAUGUGAGGACGUCAAAAUUCAACGAAAUGAUCAGUGCAAAAACCAGUCCCUGACAGAUACCUGCCAGUAUUAUCUCAGCAGUCCGGGGUUUAGUAACUGUUACGGGGAGCUGGACAUGAGUUCAUUUCAAAAAGCCUGUGAAGACGACAUGUGUCAGUGUUAUGGCAAUCGUGACUGCAUCUGCAACACGCUCUCUGAGGUUUCACGACAAUGCGCUCAUGCUGGAAGAAUACCAGGAACAUGGAGAACAGAACAGCUCUGUCCAAAGACGUGUCCUCUGAACCUGCAAUACAUGGAGUGUGGGAGUCCAUGCAAGAGCACCUGCUUAGGUCAAGAUGCAGAUUCACAGUGUAAAGAACACUGUGUGGAUGGCUGUUUCUGCCCUAAUGGUACGGUUGAGGAUGACGUUGGUAAGAGUGGCUGUGUUCCUGUGAACGAGUGCCCUUGUGAGCAUGAUAACAAAGUAUAUCGAUCAGGAGAGUCUUACAGACAAGCUUGCAAAGAAUGUAACUGCACUGCUGGACGCUGGACUUGUACAUACCUGGAAUGUCCCGGAAUCUGCUCUGUUGUUGGAGGGUCUCACGUCACCACUUAUGAUGGAAAGACCUUCACCUUCAGUGGCAACUGUGACUACAUCCUCACUAAGCACUCUAAUAACAGUGGCAUUGCAGUUGUGGGAAAUUUGGCCAAGUGUGAUUGGGGCCGAUCAGACACAUGUCUAAAUUCAGUUACCCUUGUCAUUUCAGGGACUACUAUUCAUUUUUCCUACACUGGUUUUGUGACACUGAAUGGAAACAGACUAUAUCAGCUUCCUGACACCACAGGUCCUGCGAGCAUCUUCCAGCCCUCGUCCUCUUUCAUCAUUGCUGAUAUGAAUAGUCUUCGUCUGGAGAUCCAGUUGGCUCCAGUCAUGCAGUUGUAUAUUGUUGCCAGACCUGAAGAGAAAGGAAAGAUGAGCGGUCUAUGUGGAAACUAUAAUGAUGUCCAAUUAGAUGACUUCAAAAUACAGUCGGGCAUCACAGAGGGCACACAAAUACCCUUUGUCAACUUUUGGAAAAACCAAAACACUUGUCGAAAUCUUAAAAACACAUUUGACAGCCCUUGCAGUCUGCAAUUAGAGAUAGAGAAAAUGGCUCAAAACUGGUGUUCCCGUCUUACAAACCAAACUGGAAUAUUUUCUGCAUGUCAUUCACAAAUAUCUCCUGACAUUUACUACGACUGGUGUGUCUAUGACACCUGCAAAUGUGCAGAUAUUAAGAGAUGUAUGUGUGCGGCCGUGUCCAACUAUGCCCACGCCUGUGCUGCCAGAGGAAUCAUUCUCCAGGGCUGGAUAGAAUUAUCCCCCUGUGAUGAGAACUCCAUAAUGACUAAGUGUGAAGGCAAUAUGAAGUAUUCCUACAACGUGACCAGCUGUGGCAGCACAUGCCGCUCUCUUAGUGGACAAGAUAGCGCCUGCCAAAGGUCCUUCACACCUGUAUUUGGGUGUGUCUGUCCUGAAAACACCUACCUCAAUGAUGAAAGGAACUGUGUGCCUGCUGAACAGUGUCCUUGUUACAGUGGCAACCAGUUCAUAGAGCCGUCAGGAAUAAUCUACAAAAAUGGUGUUGAAUGCACCUGUAACCUUGGCAAAUUACACUGCUCCAGCCAAGUAGAUUGUAAGGCUCCAAAGGUCUUCUUCAACUGCUCAAAUUAUGAACAAGGUCACAAAGGGACAGAGUGUCAGAGGACAUGCGAGAAACAAGACCCCAACAAUUGUGUGAGUACUGGGUGUGUAUCAGGGUGUAUGUGUCCAGAUGACCUUCUGGUUAAUGGGACAGGUCACUGUGUGGAGAGGGCACACUGCACCUGUGUCCACAACGGAAUCUACUAUUUACCUGGAAAGCAAGUUCAAGAGGACUGUAACAUCUGCAUAUGCAAAAAUGGGAUAUGGAAAUGUACUGAAAAUGCGUGCUACGGCACCUGUACCAUCUACGGUGAAGGUCAUUUCAGGACUUUUGAUGGCAAGAGAUACUCCCUUUACAGAGAAUGCGAACACACCAUAGCCCGUGAUAACUGCAAUAUGAACCAGACUCUCUCCUUCAGCCUUGUCACACAGAACAAACUAUGUGAGACCACCAACACCAUCUGCAAGUCUAUCAGUCUCAAAUUUGGGAGAUCUGAGAUACUUUUAUCAGAGGAUGGAGUCAAAGUUGUUGAGAGCAAUAGCACUGAUCACCGAUAUAAGAUCCAUUCUGCUGGGAUAUAUAUUGUCACAGAGAUCGAAGAUCUUUUGAACUUAAUCUGGGACAAUAAAACAAGUUUGACACUCCAACUCAAUCCGAAAUUUAAGGGCAAGGUGUGUGGACUGUGUGGAAACUUUGAUGGUAAUGCAAACAAUGAAUUUAUGAAGCAUAAUGGCGAAGUGGUGACGGAUCCAAAAGAUUUUGGAAAUAGCUGGAAAGCGAAUCCCGACUGCCCAGAUUUGACAAACAUGAUAGACUUUUGUAAAGAAAAUUUACAUCGGAAUGUCUGGGCUGAAAAACGAUGCAACAUCAUAAGAAGUGAUGUCUUUAAAAAUUGCCAUGCACUUGUGGAUUCUGUUCCAUACUAUGAAGACUGUGUAAGUGACACCUGUACAUGUGACACUGGGGGUGACUGUGAUUGUUUCUGUACUGCAGUAGCAGCUUACGCUGCUGAAUGUCGUAAAAUGGGGGUUUGCGUGAAAUGGCGGAGCCCAAGCAUUUGCCCUUUAUUCUGUGACUUCUACAACCCUGAUGAAACAACAUGUGAGUGGCAUUAUAAAGCCUGUGAAUCUGCCUGCCUGAUAACCUGCGAAAACCCCUCAGGAAAUUGCUCUGAUCAAAUUCCUUUGCUUGAAGGAUGUUUUCCUAAGUGCCCUCCAGAAACUCCAUAUUUUUCGUAUGAAACCAUGAAAUGUGUUAAAAUUUGUAACUGUACCCAUAACAAUAUUCAAAUCCCUGGAUUAACUGUGGACCACUCAUAUGAGGAAGGAAAAUGCAUUGAAUGUAAAGAAAAUGGGAAAAUAAGAAUAUAUAAUUGUACUACGGUGACAACUACGACUCCUAAAUCGCCUACCACCACUACCACUCUCCACGACUCCUACAGUGCCUACCACCACUACCACUGUGAGACCGCCAUCUACGACAACAGAGACUUCCACUGCCAGCUCUACAACUACUACGGUGACGCCUACGACUCCUACAGUGCCUACCACCACUACCACUGUGACACCGCCAUCUACGACAACAGAGACUUCCACUGCCAGCUCUACGACUACGAUUCCUACAGUGCCUACCUCCACUACCAAUGUGACACCGCCAUCUACGACAACAGAGACUUCCACUGUCAGCUCUACAACUACGACUCCUACAGUGCCUACCACCACUACCACUGUGACACCGCCAUCUACGACAACGGAGACUUCCACUGCCAGCUCUACGACUACGACUCCUACAGUGCCUACCACCACUACCACUUGCCUACAACUUCUACCACUGUGACACCGCCAUCUACUACAACAGAGACUUCAACUGUCAGCUCUACGAUUAGGACUCCUACACUACCUAGCACCACUACCACUGUGACACCACCAUCUACUACAACAGAGACUUCCACUGCCAGCUCUACGAUUAGGACUCCUACAGUGCCUACCAGCACUACCACUGUGACACCGCCAUCUACAACUACAGAGAAUUCCACUGCCAGCUCUUCGACUACGACUCCUACAGUGCCUACCACCACUACCACUGUGACACCGCCAACUACAACUACAGAGACUUCCACUGCCAGCUCUACAACUACUACAACUUCCACUGCCAGCUCUACGACUACGACUCCUACAGUGCCUACCACCACUACCACUGUGACACCGCCAUCUACAACUACAGAGACUUCCACUGCCAGCUCCACGACUCCUAUAGUGCAUACAUCCACUACCACUGUGACACCACCAUCUACGACAACAGGAACUCCUAUAGUGCCUAGCACCACUACCACUGUGACACCACCAUCUACGACAACAGAGACUUCCACUGCCAGCUCUACGACUACUACAGUGACGACCACGACUCCUACAGAGCCUAGCACCAUUACCACUGUGACACCGCCAUCUACAACAACAGAGACUUCCACUGCCAGCUCUACGACAAUGACUCCUACAGGGCCUACCACCACUACCACUGUGGCACCGCCAUCUACGACAACAGAGACUUCCACUGCCAGCUCUACGACUACUACUCCUACAGUGCCUACCACCACUACCACUGUGGCACCGCCAACUACAACUACAGAGACUUCGACUGCCAGCUCUACAACUACUACAGUGACACCUACAACUCCUACAGUGCCUACCACCAUUACCACUGUGACACCGCCAUCUACGACAACAGAGACUUCUACAGUGCCUAGCACCACAACCACUGUGACACCACCAUCUACGACAACAGAGACUUCCACUGCCAGCUCUACGACUACGACUCCUACAGUGCCUACCACCACUACCACUGUGACAACGCCAUCUACAACUACAGAGACUUCCACUGCCAGCUCCACGACUCCUAUAGUGCAUACAUCCACUACCACUGUGACACCACCAUCUACGACAACAGGAACUCCUAUAGUGCCUAGCACCACUACCACUGUGACACCACCAUCUACGACAACAGAGACUUCCACUGCCAGCUCUGCGACUACUAAAGUGACGACCACGACUCCUACAGAGCCUAGCACCAUUAUCACUGUGACACCGCCAUCUACAACAACAGAGAUUUCCACUGCCAGCUCUACGACAAUGACUCCUACAGGGCCUACCACCACUACCACUGUGGCACCGCCAUCUACGACAACAGAGACUUCCACUGCCAGCUCUACGACUACUACUCCUACAGUGCCUACCACCACUACCACUGUGACACCGCCAACUACAACUAAAGAGACUUCGACUGCCAGCUCUACAACUACUACAGUGACACAUACGACUCCUACAGUGCCUACCACCACUACCACUGUGACACCACCAUCUACGACAACAGGAACUCCUAUAGUGCCUAGCACCACUACCACUGUGACACCGCCAUCUACGACAACAGAGACUUCCACUUCCAGCUCUACGACUACUACAGUGACGACCACGACUCCUACAGUGCCUAGCACCAUUACCACUGUGACACCGCCAUCUACAACAACAGAGACUUCCACUGCCAGCUCUACGACAAUGACUCCUACAGUGCCUACCACCACUACCACUGUGACACCACCAUCUACGACAACAGAGACUUCCCCUGCCAGCUCUACGACUAUGACUCCUACAGUGCCUACCACCACUACCACUGUGACACUGCCAACUACAACUACAGAGACUUCCACUGCCAGCUCUACAACUACUACAGUGACACCUAGAACUCCUACAGUGCCUACCUCCACUUCCACUGUGACACCGCCAUCUACGACAACAGGGACUUCCACUGCCAGCUCUACGACAAUGACUCCUACACUGCCUACCACCACUACCACUGUGAUACCGCCAUCUUCGACAACAGAGACUUCCACUGCCAGCUCUACGACUGCGACUCCUAUAGUGCCUACCACCAAAACCACUGUGACACCGCCAUCUACAACUACAGAGACUUCCACUGCCAGCUCCACGACUCCUAUAGUGCAUACAUCCACUACCACUGUGACACCACCAUCUACGACAACAGGAACUCCUAUAGUGCCUAGCACCACUACCACUGUGACACCGCCAUCUACGACAACAGAGACUUCCACUGCCAGCUCUACGACUACUACAGUGACGACCACGACUCCUACAGAGCCUAGCACCAUUUCCACUGUGACACCGCCAUCUACAACAACAGAGACUUCCACUGCCAGCUCUAUGACAAUGACUCCUACAGGGCCUACCACCACUACCACUCUCUACGACUACUACUCCUACAGUGCCUACCACCACUACCACUGUGACACCGCCAACUACAACUACAGAGACUUCGACUGCCAGCUCUACAACUACUACAGUGACACCUACAACUCCUACAGUGCCUACCACCAUUUCCACUGUGACACCGCCAUCUACGACAACAGAGACUUCUACAGUGCCUAG